AUGAGAAACCACACAGAAAUAACAGAGUUUAUCCUCCUGGGAUUGUCAGAUGACCCACAGCUUCAGGUGGUGAUCUUUGUCUCUCUGCUCAUCACCUACAUGCUCAGCAUCACUGGCAACCUGACCAUUAUCACCCUUACCCUGCUGGAUUCCCACCUCCAGACCCCCAUGUAUUUCUUCCUCAGAAACUUCUCCUUAUUAGAGGUUUCAUUCACAACUGUCAGCAUACCCAAGUUCCUGGGCACUAUGAUUACAGGAGAUAAAACCAUUUCCUUUAAUGAUUGUAUGAUUCAGUUAUUUUUUUUCAUUCUCUUGGGAGUCACUGAAUUUUACCUUUUGGCCGCCAUGUCUUAUGACCGUUACAUUGCCAUCUGCAAACCUCUGCAUUACAUGACCAUCAUGAAUCACAGAGUCUGCAUACUCCUUGUCUUCGCUUCAUGGCUGGCUUCAUUCUUAAUCAUAUUCCCGUCACUUAUGCUGUUCAUACAACUUGAUUACUGUAAGUCCAAUGUUAUAGACCAUUUUACCUGUGAUUAUUUCCCCUUACUACACCUUUCUUGUUCAGACACAAAAUUCCUAGAGAUAGUGGGUUUUUCCUGCGCUGUGUUUACUCUAAUGUUCACUUUGGCAUUAAUAGUUCUGUCCUAUAUAUAUAUCAUCAGAACAAUUUUGAGGAUUCCUUCUGCUAGUCAGAGGACAAAGGCCUUUUCCACCUGUUCUUCCCACAUGAUCGUCAUCUCCAUCUCCUAUGGCAGCUGCAUUUUCAUGUAUAUUAAUCCAUCAGCAAAAGACAGAGUGUCUCUGAGCAAGGGAGUUGCUGUGCUAAACACCUCAGUGGCCCCCAUGCUGAACCCUUUUAUUUACAGCCUAAGGAAUCAGCAAGUCAGGCGAGCCUUCAUGGACAGGGCAAAAAAGAUUGUAUCUUUCUCAAAAAAAAUGAAGAAAUAA